AUGACUCGCGAGGAAGAAAUUGAAGCAAUCAGAUACUACUUCAAAUCUUCCACAGCUCACAGCACUGCAGCUGCAGGAUCGUCCCCGACAGUCACUGAGAGAAGGGGUGAAGGCGAAGACGAAGCUGAGAUGGAGAAAGAUACUUCCGAUGGACACUUUGAGGCUCACCCAGAGGAGUGCUGCGGCGGCGACGACAACGAUGGCGGCGAAGACGACAGCAGCUCAGACACCACCAGCUCGUCCGACGACGAAGUCUCGUCUUUCAUAUCUGCCACCUCGACGCCAUCGUCAGCUCCGACUUCACCGACCAUUGAUGCGCAAAGACCUGAAGCGCCCGUGGCGCAGAUUGACCUAACAAACCACCCCUUGUUGCAAUUGAUCCAUAGCCGGUUAAUCGCGUUUGAAAGGAGGAUUGAUGACCAUGAAAGCAGUCUUGCUGAGAUGGAUCGACAACUUGCUGAGAUCCGGCAAGAAGUGGCUGAGAUGGAUCGACAACUUGCUAGGAUCCGACAAGAAAAGACUGAGAUGGAUCGACGACUUGUCAAGAUAGAAAGACGAGACCCCGAGAUCGAACGACAAAAUGCUGUGGUCGAGCGACAACAUCGCUGGGCACAAACAGGAGAUUGCGAGCCUGGGGGUCGAGACAGACGAACCUCGACGGACAAUCACCGACCUCGGGUUUGUCUUCUCAAUCCGAUAUCCGGAAAGAACGUAUCACACCAUGGAUCAUUCGUGGAUAAGACACGUCAAAGACCAGGUCAAUUGGGCACUGCGUACACGGAUCCUGAAUCUGAAGAUCUGAAGAGCAACUUUGGGUGA